AUGCAAUGUUUGGUGCUAUUAUCUCAUCUUCCAAGGUCUUCUGCCGAACAGAUGCUGCCUAUAUUGCUGGCACUCUUCUUGAACUUCGAUGCAGGGCAAAUGCAAUCCGAUUACAAAGAUAUUCUCACCCGUGUAAUCACGGAUAAAGCAAAUGCCCAAGAAUUCCCCCAUGAAGCAAGCGUCCGCACCCUUGAGUCUCCUAAUCCAAAGAUACCAGAUGUGAUUACCCACACUAUAAAUGGAAUUACUGAAGGAGCGAUCCAAGGAAAUGCUCCUGGAGCAAACUUCCAAGUGAUUGAUGAAACAAGCCCAUACAAUGUAAAGCCUACUGAAGUUAUCCACAUUGUUGAGCCACCUGAAGUUCAAUUCAAUAUAACACAUGAAACCAUAGAACCUAAGCCAAAGAUAACAAACGUAACUUCUCUCACCAUCAAUGAGAUAACCAAGGAAGUAAAGGAUACUACCCCUGAAGCAGAUGCCCAUGAGGAAGAACCUGAGGCGGAUCUUCCCACUGGAGGGUCUGCAGUUGUGACCAGCACUACAACGUUAGAGCCAAUAACUUAUGGACCAGAAAUAGAAAACCCUAUCGAAGCACAACCGCAGACUUUUGAAGGGCCAGUCAGUGACGAGUCUGACAAUAAUCAAGUUACCGAGCAACCUGGGAAGUUAGAGAGCAAAACUGAGCCGGACGUAAACGCAGUGAAUCAACCUAUCAAUGUUGAUUACCAAAUAAAGACAAUGGAACCUGAUGUAAAGGACUACAAGACAAUAAUAACUGACAACCGCGAGCGAAUAUCUGGGCAGCAAAAAAUCGGAAAACCACCUCAUAAAUCUGCUCACAAGAACGGUACCAAAAAGCCAGCACAUGUGCAUAAAAAGCACAAGAAAAUAGCCAAGAAAACCAUUUAUAGGGUGAAUCAGCAUAUCAAUGUUGACUAUCAUAUAAGAUCGACUUCUAAUGUAAAGAUUGGCCGUAGGAUAAAGAAGAUUCACAGAGCACAUAAAAGAGUUCCAAGCAAGGUGAGACGUCCUCCAACACCUAAACGACGUGUAGUCAAAGGAUGCGGUUGUAAGCUUCGAAUGAAGAGGGACAUUUCAUCACAUAAAGCUAGAUAUGGUGGAGGCGAAAGUGGAAUUUUUCACGCAAAUCCAGCUGAAAAUGUGAAUGCCGAUCUCAGGCCGAAAAGAGAUUUUGCUGGACGCCUAGAAAUGCCUGCUCAUAAGAAGUUUGUGUACAGCAAGAUGAGAUAUCCUUUAUCACGAAGCCACAAGUCGCGCGGAAACCAUUUAUCUGGUGAAACUAAGCCCUCAGACAGUUCACAUGAUAGCAUAAGCAUCGCAGCCGGAGGUAGUCUACAAUUCGACAAGUGGCUGAAGUUUGGAACGUGCGAGUAUAUGGUAAAAAGAAAUGCAAGGACUUAUGAUAGCGCGGAGGCGGCAUGUCAAAAACUUGAUGCUCAUCUAGUUUCCAUACACAGCGAACCGGAAAACAACUUCAUUCAUAAAAUCACAUCCAUCGGCAGUCGUGUUGAAUCGUUUGAAGAUUUUGUUUGGAUCGGUCUUCGUCUGAAUUCGCAAAACCAAUGGGAAUGGGUGGAUGGAAGUUUAGUGGAUUAUCAGAAAUGGGCUGUGAAUCAACAAAAUCAUUCCGAUGGGGAAAAAUGCGCGCAGCUCUACCAAAGGCCAGCAAACCUGACACACGUUCAAGAAUAUUACUGGAACAGCUUUAGAUGUGAUAGGCCCAUGAAGUACUACGUUUGCAAAAGAUGCAAAGGAUCAGCGCGAGGCAGAGAACACACAAGGAUAGACUUGCGAACUGUGAAAGCUUGAUUAUAACUUCAUUGUAAGGAGAGCUCUCUAGCAGACGUUUGGUCAAGUUGAAGUCAUCAAUAAACCUGUCGAUAUACAGCCU